GAAAGAAUUAGCUUUGACCGAAAUUUGUUUACGAGAUAACCCGAAGUCUUAUUGGGUAUGGAACCAUCGCCGCUGGUCCUGCUCGAGUAUGCUGCAAACAACUUCAAGCAAUAAAAACAGUCCCGCUCCUGAACUCCUUGAGUUUUCAGUUGAAGUAGACUGGAAGCAGGAGCUUUUAUUCUGCGAGAAACUUCUCAAUAUUGACGAGCGAAACUUUCAUUGCUGGGAUCACCGUCGUUGGGUUAUUUCGCAGUUUGGCGCUAGCAAAUACCACGAAUUUGCGUUAACUACGAAAUUGAUUACUUUGAACUUCAGCAACUACUCUGCUUGGCACUACCGCUCUAAUCUAUUACAAGAGCUGUAUAUUAUUGGUUCCAAUAGCUCUGCUCUUUUGAAAACUUUACAGAGUGAGCUCGACCUAGUAAACAGCGCCUGCUUCACAGAGCCAACCGAUCAAAGUGUGUGGCUCUACCAAAAAUGGUUGCUUUCUAAAGUUCCCUUGAAAGUAAGUCCUUGGGUAAUUUAUUUGUGGAACACGGGCAACAAUUUAUAUAUCCUUCUUAUUCUAUCUGAAGCUUUCACGGACUCCAUCCCUAUUGUGUGCUAUAUUAACUUCCAGAGGACUGAGCUGAGCUGGGCCCCGUUAGACCGAGAGUUGCAGUCGCACAAGCAUUACUUUUCUUCCUACGAGCUUUUGCCGUCUCAGCUUGAGACCCCCUAUGAGGUGGCGUUGUUCUUGGAGGGUCAUUUCUCAAACGAGCAGUUUCCCUUACGCGUAUCGUUGUUCCGCGGAUCCUUCUGGGUCAAAUUUUUUGGGGGUUCUCUACUUGCGGAGCUCUCGAGGGGCAUUCUCGAGGCUCAGCUGGAAAAGUGCCAUCAGUUAUUUCAAAUGGAGCCCACUUGCAAAUGGGCCCUUUUGACUGUCACACUCUUAAGACAACAGCUGUUUGGAGACUCGGACGUAAACUGUUUAGUGACAUCCCUGAAGAAGUUACGAGAGAUCGACCCGUAUAGAGCAAAUUUUUACGUUGACUUUUCUUCGGAAGUUUCUCUGUGGAAAAUGGUAAAGGAUGCAUUGGAAAGUGGAACUCAAGGAGAGAUAAGCUUGGAAAGGCUGGGAAUAUCUGACUUAUCAAAAAAACUGUGCCUGUUACUUUCAGGCAUUCAAGUUUUGUGUUUGAAAAGUAAUAGCAUUAGAAAUAUGCACAACAUGCGAUAUCUCUACAUGCUCAGGAAACUUAUAGUUGAUGACAAUAAGAUCGAAGCCGUUACUGUUGAACUCCGGAGUCUGCCUUUUCUCGUGUUUUUCUCAGCCCAAAACAACCUUGUUACUCGUCUUAAGGGCUUGGAAGGCUUUAGAGAUUCCGGUCUGCGUGAAAUCAAUUUAAAGGGCAAUCCGGUCACUGCAAGCCCCUACUACCGCGCGUUGUUGUUGAGUUAUUGUUACAAGCUGGAGUUGCUGGAUAAUUCGUCUGUCGUCUAAUACCGUAUUUCUUUCCUGUCGCACAGACUGUAUUCAUUCACUU